AUGUCGGAUAUCAAGUCCGCUGCCCCUGUGGAAGUGGCAGAAACCACUUCGGAUUUGGACAAGAACGCCAAAGACACGACCCCAGAAAACACCGCAGAGGCAAUCCCCGAGAAAACCUCCUCCCGAUGGCGCAAGAUUGUCGGUCUUGUAUGGGACUCUGUUGAUGGAGAUCCAGAGUACCGGAAAUACGUUCAAAGGCUCGAUACUUUCUUCUUUCCUACUGUUUGUUUUGGCUACUUCAUAAAGUACCUUGAUCAAACAAAUUACAGCAAUGCGUUCAUCAGUGGCAUGCAGACUGACCUGGGCCUCUACGGAAACGAGCGCAACUGGCUGAACACCUGGUUCAGUUUAGGCAUCAUGGUCGGCAGUGUCCCAGCUCAAAUGUCACAACUCAGUUUCAUCCGACCCUCGAUUCUUAUUCCAUCGUGCGAGGUCAUCUGGUCGCUGCUUGUUAUCGGCAUGGGGUUUGCCAAGAAUAUCAAGACGAUGUACGCCUUGCGUUUCUUUAUCGGUCUGUUCGAGGCUUGUGCUUUCCCGGGAUACAUCGCCAUGCUGGGUGGCUGGUACGGCCCAAAGGAGCUCACUAAGCGCUUAGCUAUACUCCUGCAAGUUGAAUCCAUUGCCAGUAUGUUCAGCGGUUAUUUGCAAGCAGGACUAUACACCAGCAUGGAUGGUCGUCAUGGGAUUGCAGGGUGGAGAUGGUUGUUCAUCAUGGACGCCAUCAUCUCGCUUCCAAUUGCGUUCUGGGGCUUCUUUGGAUUGCCUGAUCUGCCGCAUAACACGAAAGCAUUCUACUGGUCAGCUGAACAUGUCAAAUAUGGUAUCGAUAGGAUUGAGAAGUUCGGGCAGAAGGCUCAGCAAAAGUUGACAUGGAAGGAAGCCAAACGCAUCUACCUCGGUUGGGAGAUCUGGGUAUUUGUUGUACCGUACACUAUGGUCGCGGCGUGUCACACAGCCACCAGCUAUUUCAACCUCUGGCUGAAGUCUGCUGGCUACAGCGUUGUAGAUGCAAACAUCUACCCUACUGGCGGCAGUGCUUUGAACAUCGUUGCCACAGUCAUCUGGGGUAUAAUCGCAGACCGAACCGGACAGAACUAUACAAUGAUUGUCAUUGUUCAAGCCCUGAUGAUACUGUCCAACAUCUUGCUUUCUGUGUGGUAUAUCCCCAAGGGGGCCUUGAUGUUUGCGUACUACCUUUCGUAUGCUGGAUCCGCGGCAACUCCAGUCCUCAUCAGCUGGGCCAAUCGACUUAACGCGGGAGAUCCGAGUCUCAGACAACUGCUUGUGGCCACCGCAAAUGUUGUUUCCUACGCUUGGGUUCUUUGGGUACCCUUGGUUCUAUUUCCUACCUAUGAUGCGCCGAAGUACAAGUACGGUUAUCAAAUCCUCAUACUUUUCGGAGGCCUUGCUAUCAUUAGCGUUUCAAUUAUGUGGUACAUGUACAGACGAAGAGAUCAGAAGCGCAAUCAGCAAGAAAAUCAAGGCACUGAAGCUGGCUCAGAGAGACCAGAUGAGCUGUAA